AUGGAGCCAUCGGAUGACUGCUAUGAUCCAGUUACAGACACUUCACGCUUGGAGCCGCUAUCUGAACAGGACCUGAAGGAGGCCUCCGUCAUCAUUGACCGAUUCGGAAUGGAAAUUGCAUGCAAACUCUGGUCGAAGAAAUGGCAGCAACGUUUGGAAGGGUUGGAGUUAGUGAGGUCUGAGAUGGAGAGCUUGAAAGGAAACAUGAACAACAGCGGCGCAUACGUUAAUAACAGCACUCUGUUGAACAACAACAAUAGUUUCAUUGGCAACGAUGUCAAGGAACAUAGAUUGCAGUACGUGAAAGCAUUUGAUCUGAUCUUUCAGAAGAAUGUUAAAGAUCAUAUUUUUCAGGUCUUUCAGACUCUCCUUAAUUUAACAUUAAGCUUCUUGGUGGUGUUUCAAUUCUCAAAUGGUCCUGCUGCUCAGAAGUCUUCCAACCUGCCAACUCUUGAUCUUGUCAUACCAAUCCUGGUGCUGAAGCUGGGAGAUAAUUGUCAAAGUGCAAUAAGCAGUGAAUGUGUGAAGGCCUGCAAAAGCAACCCAUCAUCCAAGCUGCUCUUUCUCAACGUCCUCUCCUUCAUGCAUCUCGUCUACGUUGAAAGUUAUCAGGAUUGGCCCAUGCCGACAGACCAGUUGAUGCCGUUCCUCAUUUAUUGCCUCUCAAGCAACCACUUUGAAGUUCGCGAGAGAACAGAAGAGUUCGUCAUGGACGUCUACAAAAACAAUCGUCAAGUAGUCAGAGGGUUCUUUCCUGCUGACGAGAAUGUAAAAAUUAAAACCGCUAAAAACAUUCUCUACAAACAUUUACUAAACAAGUUUGAUGCACUAGAUGGAUCUAAUAGUAAGUCAAACAUCAGUGCCGCAAUCUCUUCACAAGCACAACAGGCAUUGCCUCAGAAGCAGAAAAAUGUUGCACCUGUAGCGAUUGCUAUAAAAAAUGACGACAGACGACAACCACGUCAACCAGAGCCACAUACAGAGAGCACUAGGAAAAAUGGCAACGUCACGUUGAAGCAACAAAACAAAACAAACAUCCCAAAGCCAAAGACCAAUUUAUCAAAAUUUAAUGUUGAAGAUAAAUUUUCUCCCGCAACAAAAUCAGUUUCUGGGGUGAUUAAAAUCUCGGGCGAUUCAGGACCGAACAACAAAGAAAAUAAAUUCAUUCAGCAGCAUUCGUUGCAUCAGAAGAAUGAUCAACGAGAUAACUUGAAUGUACAGGACCAUGAGCUGUACCAUGAUUAUGAUGAUAGAAGGUUCUGA